AUGGAAGCCAAGACAACCCGAUUCUUGACGCAGUUUUCACGUGCUGUAUUUGCUCAAUGGGUUCAAUCAUCUGAAUAUGAUCAAUUCUGGCAUAAUAAAGCGUCUGUACAUUCCAUACUGAAGGAAGCAGUGACAAAAUUACCAUUGGGAAAGCUUCAAACCUAUUUAUUAGAGCAUGUAACAUCACUGGAGACACAAUUGGUCGUCUUGUUACAGGAUUUGUAUGUAAAUUACACUGCAAAGGACAAGGAAAUAGACGCAGGGAUACAUGGUCCAUUAUUGAAUGAAGAGAUGACAGAACUCGAGCUCACACGAGCAACUAGUGGCGUUUCUACAGAGACACAACGACGAUUAACAGGUGUCCUCGCUCUGGACGUCGAUCUUGAUGCAGUGGAUCAUUUUUUAAUGGAUAAAGAGGUGGAAAAUACAGAGAAACUCGUGCAGCUCUUUGUGCUCAUCGCAGCGCGUAAUUACGAGACGCCAGUGGAGCAGAAACACAAACGUGGACUUGUUCUAAAGCGUUUGGCACGCUGUGCUCAGAAUCUCGUCAAGAACUUGUGCUCAGAGUCGAGUAAUUGGUGUUGUCGGGAUCAUGAACAGGUGCAACAAUUGCGUACACUAUUGGAGCGUAUUGUGACUCAAGAUACGGUAGCACUUGCUCGAAGUAGAGCUCAUGGAGAAGAUGACAGGAGCUUGAAGACUCCGUGGACAAUGUUUUACCGUCCAGAAGAGAGUAAAGAGUUUCAGAAGGUGUCGUAUGACAAUGAAAUGGCCAAGAUUUAUGGUCUUCUGCUCACGUUGGCAGUCUACUUUCCCAUUGAAUACGGUGGGGAGGAAGAAACAUCCGAUGAGUCGUUAUCUUCCGAUGAUGAGAAGGAAGAAUCAACAGAGAGGCCGCAGCAACAAAAGCAUAUCAGUGCGCUGGCUCAGGCUCAGCUCACAACUCGACAAAUACUGCUUGCUGCUCAGAUGCGGCAGCGUGAGCUCGACCAGAACAACCAGUGGCUUGUGUCAGUGUUGUCCUUCUCCCAGAGCCUGCACAAGCCUGUGACAUUCUUGGACGAAAAUGGAGACGAGAUGUUUGACUAUCAGGACCGGUGUGCACUCCUCGACUGUGUUGGCAACCUGUACACGCGCGUAUUUGCCACUACGGCACUAUUUGACCAAGCAAAGAAGAAUAGAACCGAAGAAGAGACGGCAGUGCAGGAUCGUAGCGUGUUUGAGGCCGUUGUAUGUCUCCGUAAUGCGGCACAUUUCAUGCGCGUUGAGCGCAAGUCGAGUCUUCCAGUGAUCACGACGGCAAUGGCUCAUUUGGCUGGUGUGAUGUUACCUGCAAGUUUCGUAUCAUGGUUGGACCAUGAACAGACCACGAAUCCAAAGUCUGUACUCGAGAUAGCCACACAACGACUGCGGCAGAAAUGCACUGGCGAGCAUCAAAUGAUGAAUCUUUUGCUCAGUUCAACCAAUAUAUCGGAUGACGAGAUGCGUCUUAUUCAACGGAAGUACUGCGAAUACUUGGAUCAAGUGGCUGGAGGGAAUGCAAACAAGUCGAAUGAUCAAGCACAUUCCAACUCGUUGGCUUCUACUGCAAACAAUGCCAAGGGUUUGUCUGUUGAUGCUGAGGAUCUAUUUUACACGGAUAAUGCUGGUCAAGAAGAAGAAGAAAACAAAGAGAAGAUGAGUAAAUCCAAGAAAAAGCGUGUUAACAAGAAGAAGAAACAGCGCUCGAAAAACAACAAAAACGUCGACGAGUCUUUGCCAAAGCGUAGUCGAGUAUCGAGUAAUUAA